AUGGACGAGUUAUCUUUAAUUAUUCAGUCAUUGAUUGAUAGUGAAGUGGAUGAUAUGAUACUUGAUUUAGUGUAUGAGAUUCAUUCAUCAAUUAAAGGAAUUCCUCAAGAACAAUUUCAAAUAAAUGAUUAUGGAAAUAAAAAAAUUGCAAUUGAAAAACAAACCUGUACUUGUCCCAAUUGUGGUCAAUCAAAUUUAAUAGCUACAAGAUUUUCUUAUCAUUUAGCUAAAUGUCUUGGUGCUGGUCGUCAAUCAUCACGUCGAGCAAAACGUCGCAUUGUUGAUCAAAUUAUGAUAAUAACAGCUACAGAUAAAAAUGGAUCAGAUGGAAAUCAUCUUGAUAAAGAUAUAGAAAACAAUUCAAUAUCAGAAGAUGGAAGUUCAUGUACAGAUUCAACCUCCAGUUCAAUGACAUUGAUUAGUUCCAAUAAAACUCAUCCAUGUAUAUCAAAUGAAGAUCAAGAAUAUAUAGACGAUUUUGAUAAUGAUGAAGAAGAUGAUUGGAAACCCAAAAAGAAACAACGAGUAACAAAAUCGAAUAAUAAAAAGAAAACGACGAAAAACAAAGAUCUUCUUGUUGUUGUAUCUCCAUCAAGUUCUAAACUUAAUUUUCCCAAUAGUAUCAUUCCCCUUAAUAAAUUUUGUCCGGUGACUAAUCAUGUUGUGAUACCUUUAGUUCCUCGUCCAAUGAGUUCUAUGACACUAUCCGAUGAUGAUAAAAUUAUUUUUAAUACACAACAAAUAUCAUCACUUCCAUCUGAAUCGUCAAAUUAUCUUAUUCAAUCACCAUUGAAUCUAGUCGACGAUGAACAAUCAUCAAUUAUUAUAUUUAAAGACGAUAUUAAAUAA